CUUCGCAGAUGGAUCAAAUUCACAAUGUUUGACGCUGAAGUCUGCGCAUGCGAGACAGAUCUCACUAGCCUGAAUCAGGCAUCUGAUCCCCCUUUUUAAGCAACCUCCCCCAAAAUGCAGCACACGACGAGAGCAUGUCGUACGCUUCUGUCUCGCUUUUGCACUGCCUCCUGUAGGUAGACGAAACAUGGCUCACGCGUGAGUAGUACGUAUAACAUGCGGCCUUGUCGACUGCACAUAGGUCUCAAGUUGAUUUGAUGUGAACAAAAUGCCACUCGUCUGCGCCUUUGGCUGGGUGGAUGGAUGGGAUGGGAUGAGUAUUCUUUUUCAUCUCAGCUCGUUUGACUUCUUACUACUUCCACUGCUACCAUACUCCACCCCGAACACGUAGACGCCGCUGAAGCUACCGUCAAUAUGUGCUGGAUAACCCUCUCCGGGCCCAACGCGCCGCGCGUCUACACCUCGGACCACGACACUGAUAUUGAAAAACUCGCAGACGACAACGUUAGUAACAACGACGACGAAGAAUCCCUCCUCCCAAACGCCCGCUGCGUCGACCUUGACUACAGCGUCUCGGUCGAUCCUUACACCCCCGAUCUCUAUACGUCUACGUAUCACCGGCACCGGCAUCGCUACUCUCACCACCACAACCACCACCAUCCGCAUCUCCACCCGCAUCUGCGGCAUCGGCAUCCGCGGCUUCAUCCGCAUUUGCCGCAUUUGCAUUUGCCGCAUUUGCAUCCGCAUCUUUACUACGACCAUCAGCACUAUUAUAAUGGUGAUGAUGGUGAUGAUGAUGGAGAUGAGGCUAAUGAGCCUGUAUACCGCAUCGCUGUCCCUGCUGGUGCUACCGCGACGGUGCCUAGGUAUAAGUCCAAGUCUAAGGAGCGCCGCGUGCGUCGUGUUGUGGCUGGGUCGGAUCGUGCGUCGCGUCCUGUGAAGAAGGCGAUGGUGGAUGUGGAGAAGCGUGUGCGGUUUGCGGAUGAUGUUGUUGAGGUUGGUGGUGGUGGUGGGGAUGGAGAGGUGCGGAUUCAGGGAAGUGGUGGUGGUGGGGAUGCGAGGGUUGAGGAGAGGAGGCCGAGACGGGUGCCUAGACGGGUGAAGGGGAGGGAGAAUCUGGUUGCUGGGAGGGCUGGCGCUGGUGGUGGUGGGUGGAGGUGGGAGAGAGGGGGGACGGGGCAAGGGGCAGGGCGGAAGGGUGGGAGUGGGUAUCCGCCUUUUGGACCGGUUGAGGAUUGGUGAUGUUCUUUGGAGGUUCUGGGUUUGGUCUUUGAGGGGUUGGGCUAGGUGGUAAUGGUGUUUCAGGGGGUUAAUGGUGUUUGUGUCUGUGUCUUUCGGUCUGGUUCUGCAGGGUCGGAGGGUAGGGUCCAAUUUGUUAUAUGCGCUGGAAUCUCUUAGGUCUGGCGUGUGAUAUUUAUCUUACCUAACGGCCGAUUCUCUAUAUCCUUUCGUCUUUUCUCUAUAGCGUA